AUGCUCGUCGCCAAAGUAAUCAACAAGAUCGCCGUGGUAGAGAUCCACGGUGGAAUCGGCGGAAAGAUCAAGUCGCCGGACAUGGAGAAACUGGUCAACCGCAUACUCGAGGACAAGCGUCUGCGCGCGGUGGUGCUGGAUAUAGACUCCCCCGGAGGAGACGCGGCCGCAUCGGACUACAUCUACCGCGCUCUCAAGAGAGUCGCGCGCCGCAGGCCUGUUGUCGCGAGCAUACGGGGGGUGGGCGCGUCGGGAGGCUACAUGAUCGCCUGCGCCGCCCACCGUAUCGUUGCGGCGCCGGGGUCGAUAGUAGGCUCGAUCGGCGUAAUAUCAGUCCGGCCCGUGCUGCAGGAACUGCUCGAACGCGCAGGUAUCGGGGUGAACGUCAACAAAAGCGGCGAAUUCAAGGACAUGGGCGCGCCCUGGAGGGAGACGACCCCCGAAGAAGAGGCGAAGAUGCAGGAGCUUAUCGACGACCUGUACAGCUCAUUCGUAAACAUCGUCUCAGAAAGCAGGGGGAUCGAAGAUGAGCGGGUGCGCGAGAUCGCGACCGGUGAGGUCUAUCUCGCAACACGCGCCGUCGAACUCGGCCUUGUGGAUGAACUCGGCGACCUCGAACGCGCCCUUGAUCUUGCCGCUAAAGCGGCGGGAAUCUCCAAGAGGACAGUCUACCUCAGGCCUCAGAGAAACCUCAUGGAGAAACUGCUGGGACCUCUCGCCGACAGCAUGAUCCAGAUGCACUACCGCACUCUCGGCAGGACGGGACUCAGGGUAUCUCUUCUAAGCCAGGGCACCGGCGGCCCAAGUAUGUUCGGGCAGAAUAGCGGCGCAACUCAGGCAGAGCAGGACAGACUCAUACACAGCUGCCUGGACCUCGGCAUCAACCUGUUCGACACUCACGAGGGGUAUAGGGACAGCGAGGAGAUCCUGGGCCACGCGCUGAGCAGCGUACCCAGAGACCGCUACGUGCUGGUCACCAAGUGGACGUAUCCGAGAGACGGAGAUCCCACAGCCGACCCUGAGGACCUGACGCGAUCGGUAGAGGGCAGCCUGCGCAGGCUCAACACCGACCACAUAGACGUAAUGCUUCUGCACGGACUUCUGGCCGAGCAUAAUGACAUGGCCGUGGAGAAGUACGGCCCCGUGUUCGACAGACUCCGAGAGCAGGGCAAGAUCGGUCACAGGGGAUUCAGCCUCAGAUACAUCACCGAUCCCGAACAGAAUGGGGCACUGGCCGGUCUCAAGCGGGCAUCCGAGUUCUGGGACGUCAUAAUGCUGAAGUUCGGCAUACUCAACCAGUGGGUGGCGCGGGAGGUGUUGCCCCUCGCGCUCAGGCAUAACGUUGGGAUACUGAACAUGGCCGCGGUCAGGAUCAGGCUGCCCAAGCCCGAUCUGCUCGAAGAAACGAUAGCCGAGUGGAAGUCGCGCGGGCUACUGUCACGCGAUUCGAUACCGGACAGGGACCCGCUCGGAUGGCUGGUCCACGACGACGUGGACUCGGUCAUCAGCGCCGCGUACAAGUUCGCCGCCGACCACCCGGCAAUAUCGAGCGUCAUCACCGCACGUCGAAUCUGGCACACAUGGAGUCCAACGUCAGAGCGAUGGAACGACCCUACCUCCCCCACGCCGACCGCGUCUGCCUGGAACGCAUCUUCGGCCACAUCGCGGAGUAUGCGUGAUGUGGCCGAGAAUUGGACAAAGUUCGUAAAAUUCUAG